AUGGUAAAAAGAUUAAAAAAAAGAAUAGAAGAUUAUAAACCAAGCAAAUUUAAAAAACACUUUAUUUUUUCACAAGAAGUUAUUAAUCAAUUAUGGGCAGAUUUAUAUUCAAUUGAUGAUGGUAUUAAUGAAGAGCAUAUAAUUUGGACUUUCGAUUAUUUAAGAUAUUAUACAACUUUUGAUGAAAAAGCAGAGAAAUUCAAUGUUAGUUCAAGAACUUAUGGUGACCAUGUUUGGAAAGUUAUUGAUACCGCUAGGUUUUUACUUUUUCAAUCUCAAUUAGCAAAUAGAUUUGAUCAAAAAAUUAAAGAUUUAACAGAGUCUGGAAAUACACAUUCAAAUGAUCCAUUUUUAACAUUAGCAGUAGAUACAACUUUCUUAAGAACCAAUACUACAGAUAAUUCAUUUCUUAAUCCAAAGUAUGGUCAUAGAGGAGUUAAAUAUGAAGUUGGUUGUUCAUUAUAUGAUGGUAAAGUAUUAUGG